AUGAGAAUUUACAACUUGAAUUUGGAUGUUUUCGGUGGCAUUGGCGCGUACCUGGAUGCCCGCGAUAUCCUCAACCUGAGAUUCACCUGCAGAUUCCUACGCGGUGUGGCUGACCAUGUUCUUAUACCGAAUAAGCUCAAUGAUCUCCAGAGAAAGGUCUUGUACAAUACGAGCAUCUCUCCAAUUCAGAAACUGCGUCAAAUCCCACUUACAGACGACAACUGGAGCACUUGCACCUUCCACCCCACCCAACUCGUACACACCCACUCUAGCAUCCCCGUUCUUAACACACACAACCACCUUCUCAUCCUCGCCAGUCGUUCUGCAGUCUUUGUCUGGGAUAGAUGCUAUUCCCCGUGGCGGUACACACGCUUCGUAAUUUUCAACCACUCCUCUGCUAGCAUGGAUAUUACUGGCUUGGUUGUCGUCGAGUGUGUGGGCGAUUCUGUCUCUCUCAUCGCCUCCCACUUCUCUGGCCUCGUUCAGCGCGUUAUUCUCAACUUGCACUCCAAAAAAUCUUCUCAAACGGCCAUAUACUGCGGUAGUAGCCGUACUAGCAGUGCUAUAAGUAGUUCUAUUAGAACACCUAACCUCACUUCUCUCACAGGCACAUCCAAUGUCGUCAUAAGCGCUGCUCAAAUGGGUCAACUACGCCUUCUCUCCCCAAACGCCCCUUGGAUUGAACAUCCUCCGAUAAACGUAGAGACCAAUAGACUUUGGGGUGUCGAUUACAAUUCCUACAAUGGCUCGCUGUCCGCCUCUCACAACUACACCCCUUCCACUCUCUCCGCUGUUUCUCUCUUUCACCUCCGCGAGAGCAAUAUCCAAUCCACCGGCUCGCUCAAAACACCCCCACACAUCUCCUCCUUCACAGCUACGAACGGUUCAUCUACAAACGGUGUUCUGGCAUCGCCCGACAUCAUCAUAGCUGGUUUCUAUGACUCGGGGGUUCGCGUGUACGAUUGCAGGUGCGGAUAUGCACCAGUUAAACAGUAUCAAGACGCGCUCGAUCCACAGCCCGUUUACUCAGUCGAUGUCGGUGGAGCGUAUGACUCCCUCAUCUGCGCUGGCUCUGCUCUCUAUUCGCGCCUACGGAUUAUUGACGCUCGCAUGCACUCGGAUCGCGCCCAUCAUGUGUAUGCCGCCGAAAGCGGCGAUAGGUCCUCACCCGUCUACCAGCUACAAACGGAUCACUCACACUGCUUCCUCGCAACUGAGUCUAAUGUCUACGACUUGGACUUUAGCUCCGCUUCUCCUAAUCACCGCUUCCCAACUGUUACAGUGUGA